UAAAACUUGCACACGAGGUCCUUCACAAACUCAAAGAGCAGACAGGCGCGUGGCAAUUAGUUGAAGUCAUACUGAACAAGACAGCACAUCCGCAGAGCAAGUUUUUCGCCCUGACUCUUCUGGACUUAUGAGUUGGAAUUUAUUCCUAGAUAGAGAUAUGCCAUAAUCAAACUCAUCAAAGUCGGAUGAACUGGAUUGCUUAAAUAGUUGUAAGUAAGUAGAAGAUGAACUGCUACUAGUAUUACAUCAGAUCAAGCUGACGAGUCAAUUUAUCGAAUGACAUUCUUCUAGUAGUCCAGGAUUAGAUGAUUAGAUGAUUAGAUUCAGGCUCUUGCUCUAUUUCUAGUUUAUCAUUCUCUUGUUCAUCUAGGUCCACUAUCCUCUAAGACCAGUCUGCAUCAAGCAGAAGUGGCGUUUUCCAGAUCUACCGCGGGAUGCGAUCAAAAUGUAUGUUACUGACCUUGUCAUACGUGUUAGCUCAAGCGAAGAUGCGUCACAGAAGGAGAAACAGUUUUUGACGAAACUGUCAGAAGUUUUGGUGCACAUCGUGCGCCAAGAGUGGCCAACGCACUGGCCGAGUUUCCUACAAGACAUCUGCGGUGCGAGCCGGCACAACCAGUAUCUUUGUGAGAACAACAUGCGCAUUCUGGCGAUGCUGAGUGAGGACAUUUUCGACUUUGGCGAUAAGACGAUGGUGAGCCAGCGCGUGAUGGAGUUGAAGCACAAUUUCUCAGCGCAGUUUGCGAUGGUCUUCGAGCUAUGCAUGUGGGUGUUUCAACUGUACACGACACAGCCGGCCAAUACUGUGCGGCCACAACUAGUCAAGACCACGCUAGAGACCCUGGGUAAGUUUUUGAGCUGGAUACCGCUAGGCUACGUCUUUCAAACGGAGCUCAUACCAAUCCUCUUCGCGAAUUUCUGGGAUCCACCAGAGUUUCGGCUGGAGUGCAUGACCUGUUUGAACGAGAUCGCUUCGCUCGACCUCAAUAGUGCCGCAAAAUCCCAAAAGAACUCUGAAUACAUGAAUUUUAGAACCCCUCUGGUGGAUUGCUUCCUCGUGCUCAUCGUGAAGUUGCAAUCCUUACCCGGAAGCAUUUUAGACGACGUGCGAGCCGGGAGACGAUACGAGACGGUCUUCAUACAGCAAACGACGCUGUUGCUUAGCAGGUACCAAUCGCGAUCUACUUAGUAAUUAAUCGACAUUGGUUAUCAAUAUCAUAGAUAUCUAGUUUUAGAUUUUACUUUUAGAAGUACAUGAUCCGCUUGUAGUUUUUGGAGAACAACUUUGAUAAAAUAGAGAUGAUGAUCUCUGCAUUUUUUUUCUUCGUGUGCAAUUUCUCUUAUCGAUCCUGUCAUGGCCUUUUUUUUCCCAGUUUUCUGAAGCACAACUUCGAAGCCAUAGAGGGGCAGUGGAAUGCGUUAGAGUCUGCGUUGAGUUUCCUCGUAGAGGUCACGACGGUGCAGGAAGAAGAGAUUUUCAAGCUCUGUGUCGAGACUUGGGACCUCGUGGCCGGUCGGCUCUACGUCUACGGCGAUGAAUGUACCUAUCUUCUCGUCUUUUUUUCUAAGUUUUGGCCUUGAUGAUUGAAUCAGUAGAUUUCUUCCUUCAUCGGUUCAACUUACUAAAAUACUGUCAAGAACUUCAACCGAGGUCCCGUUUUCAUUUUUCUGUUCAACGUCACCAGGUAAGAAAGCGCAUCUUGCGCAGUCUGGGUGUAUCGACAAUGAAGGCGACCUUAUGGGCUACGUUAUUCGUAACGAGCUCAAUGAGCCCCGGUUGCGACGCUAUUCUGCCGUCCUAAGUCGCGUUCGUGAGAUGUUGAUCACACGUAUGGUGAAACCACCUGAAGUUACUAUCAAAGAAAACGAGGAAGGCCAUUUUGUACGACAGGUAUAGCAAUUAAAAUUAUUACUCAUAAGAGAACUACUUUAUCUUCUAUCUCUUGCCGCGCUUGAUAUGAAUAAUCUGAGUCAGGUUUAUCUUUAUGUUUAUCUUGUCAUUCAUGUUCUUCUUCUUUAGUACAACGCAUGUUGAUGUUCAUUUCGAUCUCAGAACUCAUGAUCAUAAUAUUCAAUGUCUAGCAGGUCGAAGAGGAUACGGACGAGCUAGCCUUGUACAAGCUUAUGAAGGGAAUUUUGGUUUAUUUGACCCAUCUGAACCCGGAGAAUAUGGAUCAGUUGAUGCUCGCAAAGCUGACACAGGAGACGCAGCUGGCGAUGCAACACACUCAUUCUGAGCUAGUGGAUGCCCAGGGAAACGGAGUUGCGAAGUGGAGUCCCGGGAACUUGAACCGACUCUGUUACGCCAUUGGCAGUGUGUCCGGCGCCUUUUCCGAGAAACAAGAGAAAGCUUUUGUAGUAGCAGUGAUCAAGGACUUGUUAACGCUGUGCGAUCUGAAGCGCGGCAAAGAGAACAAAGCCGUUGUGGCGUCUAACAUCAUGUACGUCGUGGGGCAAUACCCCUCUUUCUUGCGCGCGCACUGGCGGUUCUUGCGCACGGUGGUCGCGAAGCUCGUGGAGUUCAUGCAUGAAACGUUUCCUGGCGUUCAGGAGAUGGCGGUGGACACGUUCUUGCGCAUCGUUACAAAGUGCAAAAAAAAGUUUGUUAUCGCGCAAGCCGACACGCCAGAGCCGUUCUUGGUUGAGCUGCUUGCAAGGACGAAAUCCAACGUGAACGAUUUGGAGCACUUGCAAAUUGCCACGUACUACGAGGCAAUCGGCCUCGCGAUUGCAGCGGCGCCUUUUCGUGACCGAGAGGGCUACGUAGACCGGCUGAUGAGCAUCUUUAAUGAAAUUUGGGCUGUCAACAUCCGCACGUUGCAACUCGACAACGGCUCAAGUUUGACACGAGACAACGACGCCCUCAAAAAGAUUUGUCUGGUAUUUUCUAGCAGAGGUCUUGCUGUAGAUGGAAGACAAAAUAAUGUUGAAGAUGCAUGUUCUUUUCACAUUUAUAGAUGUGAAAUCCUCUCGAGUGUUGACUGAUUAAGAUUCUCAUGCCACAUAACAAAUUCUCAUUGUAGUUCUACUUUCUCUUUCGCCUGUAAUGCGGUAUAUUAACUCAGUUUCUUCGAUUAAAUGAACGCGUUGCGGGCACUGUUGGUCUGGCGUUCUCGAAGCAGUUGAGGAGCAUUUACCAAGAAGCUUUGAAGCUGUACAAGCUGUUCUCGACAUUAAUUUCGCAGAAGACACAGGAAAUCGUUGCCUCAGGCGGACAGGCCAACAAUGUGCUGCGGAUGGGAAACGUGAAGCAGAUGCGUAAUACGAAGCGGACGACUUUGCGUUUGGUAACAACCUUUCUCAGUCGUUGUUUGUUGAAGGACAAUGCCGACGCGGCGGCGGCGCAGUUGUUGGAGCUUCCGCCGGGCAUUCCGGACGCUGACAGUUUGGAGAGGGAAAUAGCGACUUUCGUGGUUCCGCCAUUGCUGGAACCGGUGCUUCAUGAUUAUGAGCAGAAUGUCCCAGAAGCACGCGAUCCGGAGGUUCUAGAUCUCUUAGCAACCAUGAUCACACAGUUAGCUAGGCCGCUUACCAGCGAGGUGCCGCGGAUCUUCGCAAUGAUCGUUGAGACGACCUUGCGCAUGCUUGAGGGCGAUGCGCUGCAGCAAAGUUAUCCGGACCACAGGAUCAAGCUUUUCGGACUGCUUUCGGCCAUCACCAAGGACUGCUUCAACGCUUUAUUUCUUCUAGGCGACGACAAACUGAGAAUCUACGUGAACAGCUUGCUUUGGGGGAUGAAGCACGCGCAUCCGGUUGUGUCUCAGACUGCUCUGGCGAUCUUGGCUCAAUUCUUUCAGUCUAUAGGAAAGCAGCUGCCACCGCACGCCACGCAGCCCUUCUUCCGCGAGUACUACACGCAAAUUCUCGAGGCAGUGUUGACAAUAAUGACGGACACCAUGCACACCAGUAGCUUCAAGGCCCAGUUGGAGAUUUUCUACGACCUCGUUCGAGGAUGCACAAACUCUGCAGAGUGCACUGCUGCCGCAGGCGAAGGAUCGGGUGCGACGAACGGGGAAAGUAGUGGUGAUACGCCCUUACGCAUCUCGCAGCAAGAGUCUAUGGGGUUAAUCGCCCAAUUUUUUCGCAAGGCGUUCCCUGACACCUUGGCGCCCAGCCAGAUCGAGGCUUUCGUGCUCAAAUUGUUCAAUAUCACAGGCGCCGCGAACAACCCACCAGCCAACGUGAAUUUCAUGAGAGGCACGAGGGACGCGGCUGCAGCGGCGCACCAGCGCAAGACCCAAGAUGAUUUCCUUGUUUUGGUCCAGGACUUUCUCAAGGAAGUGAAGGUCUUCGGUGGUCCGGACGAAGCGUUUCAGCGAGUGAAAGAAGAGGCGCUCCAGCAGCAACGCGAACAGGAGGAAGCCAGGCGAAGUCUCGUGCCAGGGAUGCUCGGAAACGCCCCAGGAGUCCCGCGCCCGAAACUCAUAGACGAUGAUGACGACGACCUGUGAGGAGCAUUCAUCUGAUUCUCAUCAAUGAUUAUCUCUCAUACCAUUCUGCUCCUGCUUCUGUAGAAGCAGCUGUUCUCGCAAAGAACAUUUUUUGGAAGCCUCCUCUAUUAGGAUGUAUUUCUUGUUGAAGGUACUAUGAUUCGUGUUCUCCGUGGUCAAAUCUCCAUUCCCAUUGGUCAUCGAUUUGACAGUCCGAUGCAUCGUUUUCUAGGAGUUAGUACAAGAUAUAGAUGGCGUCGCAGCGUUUACUUGCAAACCGUGGGGACGAGGAGUGCCUGAUGUGUAAAAAGAGUGGUACCAGGAGCGAGAACGCUACAACAUGAAACAACUAGUCCAGAAAGAC